AUGCACGAUGACGGCUCCGCUGGGUGCUCGUCGGCCGGUCCGGUGGCACCCUAUUCGCGCGUCACCUGCGUCACGAUGACGGGUGAGGAACCGGUCGGGCGGGUGCACGGUGGCUUCCCCGGGGCCGCCCUGGCCCUCAAGGCGACUGUUGGCGAUGCUCUUUCUGGCCGACCCGGAGAGAAACUCCUGUCCCCCAUCACCUCCAAGGGCGACACGUUCUUCGUUCGGCACCACGCCGACGCCACGGACACGGAGGUCCUGAUUAUCGCCCUCUUCAUCGUCCUUCUCGAGCCCAGCGCCGAGGACACCGCCGAAUGGGCGGCGGGUUUGGCGCCUCUCGCGGCGCAGGCUGCGGAUGAGCAGGCGGGCUGGGCGACGUCGGCGGCGCCCGCCGGCUACUACGACCCGUUUCAGCGGCUCAUAGACGACAAGUGGCACAAGGAGACGUGCGAGGCCGUGAAGAAGGCGGUGGAGGGCUGGGAGGGCCGCGGCGCGCGCAAGGACGUGACAGUCGCCCACUUGCUCUCGUACCACUCCGGACUUAAAAAACACCCGGACCAUGACG